AUGGAGGCAGAGAAAGACUCUGGAAGAAGAUUGCGAUCUAUUGGCAGAAGGCGGUACGAUGAGAACGAGGACCUCUCGGACGUGGAGGAAAUUGUCAGCAUCAGGAGUUUCAAUUUGGAAGAGAAAUUAAAGAGUAAAAUGUAUCACGGGGAUUUCGUGCAUGCCAUGGACGGGAAAGAUUUUACUUUUGAGUAUGUGCAAAGAGAAGCUCUCAGAGUUCCCCUUAUCUUCAGAAAUAAGGAUGGACUGGGAAUUAAAAUGCCUGACCCGGAUUUCACCGUCAGAGAUGUGAAGCUAUUAGUGGGAAGCCGACGGAUAGUGGACGUGAUGGAUGUGAACACGCAGAAAGGUGUUGAAAUGAGCAUGUCUCAAUUUGUCAGAUACUAUGAAACACCAGAGGCCCAGCGUGAAAAACUCUACAAUGUCAUCAGCCUGGAGUUCAGUCACACGAAGCUGGAGAACAUUGUCAAGCGCCCCAAUGUGGUGGACUUAGUUGACUGGGUGGAUAAUAUGUGGCCACAGCAUUUGAAGGAGAGACAGACGGAUGCUACCAAUGCUAUUUCAGAGAUGAAAUACCCCAAAGUGAAAAAGUACUGUUUGAUGAGUGUGAAAGGAUGCUUCACUGAUUUUCAUAUUGAUUUUGGUGGCACUUCAGUGUGGUAUCACGUUUUCCGUGGGGGGAAGAUCUUCUGGCUGAUUCCGCCUACUCUGCAGAAUCUAGAACUUUAUGAAGAAUGGGUUCUCUCAGGAAAGCAAAGUGAUAUCUUUCUGGGAGACAGGGUGGAACGAUGCCAAAGAAUUGAGCUGAAACAAGGCUAUACAUUCUUCAUUCCUUCAGGGUGGAUACAUGCAGUUUAUACUCCAGUAGAUUCUCUCGUGUUUGGUGGAAAUAUCCUGCAUAGCUUUAAUGUUCCCAUGCAGCUUCGCAUCUAUGAAAUUGAGGACAGAACAAGGGUGCAUGCCAAAUUCCGUUAUCCUUUCUACUAUGAAAUGUGCUGGUAUGUUCUGGAGAGAUACGUGUCCUGUGUGACCCAGCGCUGCCACCUCAGCAAAGAGUACCAGAAAGAAUCAAUGUUAAUUGAUGCAAAAAGAAAACGCAGCACAGACAGCUAUUCAUCAGAUUCGUGGUUAGACAUGGAUGAAGAAUCUUGUGAUGCCCAUAUCCGGGAGGAGAAGGAUGACAGCUUGGAUAAGAACUCCAAAUCCUUGGUGGAUGGCUCCUCCUCACCCAACAGCACACACUCAGAAGGGAAGGAGGGUGCAGGAAGAAAACAAAAAGCCACAGUAAUGAGAUACCUAAAAAGAACUUUGUCUAAUGAGUCAGAUGACAGCGUAAAAUCAACGACCCCCACGGACUAUCCCAAAACACCAACAGGGUCUCCAGCUACAGAAGUUUCAACCAAAUGGACUCACCUUACAGAAUUUGAACUGAAGGGCUUAAAAGCCCUGGUGGAAAAGCUUGAAUCUCUCCCAGAGAACAAGAAGUGUGUUCCAGAAGGCAUCGAAGAUCCGCAGGCUCUCCUGGAGGACAUGAAGAACAUACUGAAGGAACAUGCUGAUGAUGACCAAAAUCUUGCCAUUUCGGGUGUCCCCGUGGUCAGCUGGCCCAAGAAGACCGCAAAGAACAGGGCAGUCGGACGGCCCAAAGGGAAGCUGGGCACUGCUUCUGCGGUGAAGCUCGCAGCUAAUCGGACAACCGCCGGAGCACGUCGGAGGAGGACGCGAUGCCGCAAGUGCGAGGCGUGUCUGCGGACAGAGUGCGGCGAGUGUCACUUCUGCAAAGACAUGAAGAAAUUUGGGGGACCUGGCAGGAUGAAACAGUCCUGCAUCAUGAGGCAGUGUAUCGCACCGGUGUUGCCUCAUACUGCUGUGUGUCUGGUGUGUGGAGAAGCUGGGAAAGAGGACACUGUGGAAGAGGAGGAGAGCAAGUUUAAUCUCAUGCUAAUGGAAUGCUCCAUUUGUAAUGAAAUCAUACACCCAGGAUGCCUUAAGGUGAAGGAAUCGGAUGGUGUGGUUAAUGAUGAGCUGCCGAACUGCUGGGAGUGUCCAAAGUGCAACCAUGCAGGGAAAACUGGAAAACAAAAGCGCGGACCAGGAUUCAAAUACGCAUCAAAUCUCCCAGGCUCAUUGCUGAAGGAACAGAAAAUUAACAGAGACAAUAAGGAAGUAACAGAUGCUGCAAAACGGAAAGGGGAUUGUGAAGAAACUCCCAGGCGGAAAUCAGAGGAACAUUCCAAAAAGACUCAAGUUGACUCAAUACUGAGGAGAAAGUCAGAUGAAGUGCAUCUGUGGAGGAAAAGGAAAUUUGAGAAACCCCAGGAACCCACUAUGAGAAAGCGGCUAAAACUUGGAAAAGAAGACAAACUCUUCAGGAAGAAGCGGCGAUCGUGGAAGGCUCCAGAUGACCGAACUGCCAUGAUGAAACCCCUGCGGCGCCUCAAGCAGGAGCCGGAGGAUGACCUGCCAGAAGCACCUCCCAGGUCCAAGGAUAGUGACCAGUCACGGUCCAGCUCGCCCACCGCAGGUCCCAGUACGGAGGGUGCCGAGCCCAGGGACAAGAAGAAGUUCAAGAUGCGGCGGAAAAGGCGGCUUCCCAAUAAGGAACUGAGCAAGGAGCUCAGCAAGGAGCUCAACCAGGAGAUCCAAAAAACCGAGAACAGCCUUGCCAAUGAGAAUCACCAACCCAUCAAAUCUGAACCUGAGAGCGAGAAUGAGGAACCUAAGCGUGCUUUGAACAAUAGCGAGAGACUCCAUAAGUUCAGCAAAGGGUUAAACGGGACUCCUCGGGAGCUGAGGCACCAGCUCAUCCCCAGUCUGCGAAGCACACCUCGGGGAAUAACCCGGCCACCGCCUUCGCUCUCUCCUCCCAAAUGCAUUCAGAUGGAACGGCACGUUAUCCGGCCGCCUCCUAUCAGCCCCCCUCCGGACUCGCUCCCCCUGGAUGACGGGGCAGCCCACGUGAUGCAGAGGGAAGUCUGGAUGGCUGUCUUUAGCUACCUCAGUCAUAGAGACUUGUGCAUCUGUAUGAGAGUUUGCAAGACCUGGAACAGAUGGUGCUGUGACAAAAGAUUAUGGACCAAAAUAGAUUUAAACCAUUGUAAAUCCAUCACUCCACUUAUGCUUAGUGGCAUUAUUAGGAGACAGCCUGUAACCCUUGAUCUUAGCUGGACAAAUAUAUCUAAAAAGCAGCUGAGUUGGCUUAUCAACAGACUGCCAGGUCUUCGAGACCUGCUGUUAUCAGGGUGCUCAUGGAUAGCAGUGUCGGCACUUUGUAGUUCCAGUUGUCCUUUACUCCGAACUCUGGAUGUGCAGUGGGCAGAAGGCCUGAAAGACGCACAAAUGAGAGACCUCUUGUCGCCACCCACAGAUAACCGGCCAGGUCAGAUCGACAACCGGAGUAAACUACGGAACAUAGUUGAGCUGCGUUUGGCUGGCCUGGAUAUUACAGAUGCUUCUUUGCGGCUGAUCAUCAGGCACAUGCCUCUGCUCUCCAAACUCAAUCUUAGUUACUGUAAUCAUGUGACAGAUCAGUCUAUUAACCUGCUGACCGCGGUUGGAACCACCACGCGGGAUUCAUUAACGGAAAUUAAUUUAUCAGACUGCAAUAAGGUGACUGACCAGUGCCUGUCUUACUUCAAACGUUGUGGAAACAUCUGCCAGAUCGACCUGAGGUACUGCAAGCAAGUGACAAAAGAAGGCUGCGAGCAGUUCAUAGCGGAAAUGUCAGUAAGUGUUCAGUUUGGGCAGGUGGAAGAAAAACUUCUGCAAAAACUGAGUUAGUUA